UGAUGUGGAGGCAACAAUAGAAAGAAGAAAUAUACAAAUUCUGAUAUAUAAUUUUUUGUUCUUAAAAAGGCUGUUAAGAAGAGGCAACUAGAAGAAGUGAAUGAAUGGGAAAAAGAACAAAAAGGAAUGUUUGUAGGGUGGGCUGCUAAAAUGAGGUUUUCUGGUGGGCAGCUCUUCAGGUUGUUGCCAUCACAAUAAUAAAGCAAGUGAAAAGAUGCAGAUAUUCUUACUAUACUGACACAAUGAACAAAGGAGAAUUGAGUCAGAAUUCCCUGCUACAUGGAUUUUCUCAUUUGCAUCUGAAAAACAGCUGUCCCACCAGUAUGAUCUGCUAGAGAAGAGUCAUUGGAAAUUCUGGGCUGAAUUCCUCCCCUGCACAAUUCUGUUUUUAUUAUAUAUACUGAGUUAGUUUCACUUGAGAAGUACAGCUGGUGCAUUAGAGGGAAGGAAGCUUUGUUGCACUCUCCACUUUAUCCUGUGCCCACAGCUCCUCAGAAAUGGCACCAACCUUUGCAGACUGCUUUGAUUACUCUACAAAAAAAGAGAUUCGCAUACAAAGUGUUCCCCUUGGGGUCCUGAAAUUCUUAAUUACCUUCGGUGUGAUUCUGUUUGUAUGUUUCAGUCUCAUCACACAGAAGAGCUACCAGAAAAAGGUUUCUGUAAUCAGUUCAGUUCACACAAAAGUGAAAGGCAUUGCAGAUGCUUAUUCCAGGAUCUGGGACACGGCAGAAUAUACAGUCCCAUCCCCUGGAGGUGACUCAUUUUUUGUUGUAACAAACAUAGUUAAAACAGAAGAUCAAAGGCAAAGUAACUGCCCAGAGCUUCCAAGGCAAAAAACAAUUUGCUCUCGUGAUGAUGUUUGUAAAAAAGGCCUUGCAGACCCACAGAGUAAUGGGAUCCAAACUGGGCGAUGUAUAAACUUUAACAGUACUUUAAAGACUUGUGAGGUGUCAGCCUGGUGCCCUGUGGAAUCACAGACCACUCCAGUUCCUGCUGUUUUGGAAAGUGCUGAAAACUUCACUGUCCUAAUAAAGAACAAUAUACACUUUGCAGCUUUCAAUUUCACAAAGAAAAAUAUUCUACCAAAAUAUAAUGUGUCGUGCAUUUAUGACCGAGUCAAAGCCCCACUCUGUCCCAUAUUUCGUUUAGGAGACAUUUUAAGGGAAGCUGGAGAGAACUUUUCCCAAGUAGCAGUGCUGGGUGGAGUUAUAGGAAUUGAAAUCAACUGGGACUGUGAUCUUGACUCCUUGAGAUACAAAUGUGAACCUCAUUAUAGUUUCCGGCGAUUGGAUGAUAAAGUUGUUGAUGAACGCUUGUACCCUGGAUUAAACUUUAGAUUUGCAAGAUACUACAAAACUUCAGAUGGAAAAGAGACGAGGACAUUAAUAAAGGCAUAUGGGAUUAGAUUUGACAUUCAAGUCUAUGGCAUGGGUGGUAAAUUUAAUUUGUUUGAACUAGCGAUUUUUAUUGGAUCCUGCCUAUCUUACUUUGGAUGUGCGUCACUUGCAAUUGAUUUCAUUAUUGGGCUUUACAAACCCUGUUGCUGUAAUGCAAAGUCUGUUCUGAAAUACUAUGAUGACAGAAAGUAUGAAAAGGUCCCUGGACCCACUGUUGCACAGUCACAACUAAAAUUUGUGUCAUUUGUGGACAAAGAAGAUAUUUUGAUGGUGGACAUCAAUUCAAGGGGCAGCCUGCAGUUUGCCUCAGGCCAACACAUUCAGAGAGAAAGGUUUGAAUACACAGAAGCCAAAUGUAAGGAUUCUCACAAGAAAAAUCAAACUGAAAUGAGGCUGAUUAAAGGGAGCUCUACCACGUUACCUCCAGCCUGGUGCAAGUGUAACAAGUGCAUUGAUGUAACACAGCCUGAGGAGCAGUUGUGCUGCAGACUCGGACAAGGCCAAUGUAUUACAGACACUGAAAUGUUUAAAUACUUGGUUUUAAACAAAGAAGCCCUGGAGUACGCUUUCCAGUAUGACAAUCCUUUAUCGAAAACACCAGAGAGCGAAGAUCUAAAAUGUUACGCUAAGCAAAAAUAUAUUGAGUGGCGUUUUGGAUGCAGAAGGUACAUGUUAGAUUUUGCAGUGAUCCCUAGCUGUUGUAAAAAUGCAAUAGAAACUUGCAAUCUGCAAACACAACACCCAUCUGGAGCCCUGUACCUACCUCCAACUCACGGCAUGUGUUAGAUACAGGGUGCCCUUGCACCAGUGACUAAUACAGUUUAUUGCAUGUGCAGUACAAUAAUAUCAGAAAAUAUUAAUAUACUGCACAUUUGCAAGUCUAGAUCUACACAAGGUAUCCCUGGGAAAUACAGGAAAGAUGGCAGCCUUAAGCUUUGCAGUUAGUUCCUCAGGCUGGUGCUUUUUUUUACACUAGGAGGAGCACUGGCCAAGAGAAGAAUUCACUGGGCAGUGCCUGACAUAUUGUCAAAACGUGAAUUAGCCUUUUCUUGUCUUUUAUUUGUAACAGUUGAUUUGUUACAAACUUUAUUAAAGCUUACAUGUUCAGUAGAGAUAAAGCUAGUAAGAAAUGUAUCAACUAAUGUAGUUCAUUAUAAAAGUUAUUGUAUUUUCCUGGUUACUAUAAGCAGCAUUUACACCAAUAAGUUUUCCCUGCCCCCAUUAGUGUGGAGGCUGCCACAGUAACCAGGGAAGGUAGUUUUCCAAAGGUGGCCAUACAUGGGGGUGAUAAAAGCUGACGUUUCAGCUCUUCCAGGCCAAGUGCCAAAUGGUAAUUAAUAAGCAUGGGGGAAGGGGCUGAGGGGGGGCGGCGGCAUCAGAGAAGCCUCCUCAGGGGGCAGAAACGCCCCUGCCUCCAAUGGGCCUGCCCAACUCAUAUGUGGCCAAAAUUUGGGCAGAUGUUUUCUGGGCAGGUUUAAAAUCAUGUUGGGGGCGAGGACCGCAUUGGCUCAUUGUGGUCCUUGUCCAGGCAGCCUGCAUUUAAUGUCAUGAUUCGGCCAUUUGGCUUGAGGGUCAAGUAAUCAGAUCAGCCUGAUAUCACCUACCUCAAGGUGAGCAUAUCAAGGAAAGAACCAUUCAUUUGACAACCGUGUCAAUAGAGGGGCCUUUAAAUGUUGACCAGCUUAAGACAAUUGCAAUAAAGUAUAUUUUUUUUUGUAUUUUUUGUUCUAUGAGAACUGCUUUCUGGUUUCUAGGGAUUAAAUAAUUCUAAUAGCCUAUAUAACAGGAGAUGGCCUGUAAAAAAUAUAAGCAAUUAAAAAAAUUGAUUAAAAAAAAUUGAUUGCCACUGUUAAUGUUUCUUACAACUAGAUUGCUAGCACUUGCAGCCUUGCAGGGCUGGGGUCCAGAGUCCAAUCCUGGCCUGGGCACUAUCUGCAAGGAGACUGUAUGCUCUCCCUGUGUCUGCGUGGGUUUCCUCCCACACUCCAAAAACAUACAGGCAGGUUAAUUGGCUCCUGUUAAAAAUUGCCACCUCUGUGCAUGAAUGUGAUAGGGACCCUAGAUUGUAAGCUCCACUGGGGCAGGAACUGAGAUCUAUAA